GAGGAGAUAGAGUCCUCUUCCUCUUCUUCUUCCUCUCCCACCAUUUUCGUUCGAGAAAGAGGAGAACGAGCUCUCCCUCCAUAUCUCCCCUAUUCCUCCUCGUGUUCUCUCUCUCUCUCUCUUUUGGAGGGGAAUUGAAACCCUUAUUCGAGGAGAUAUGGAGGGAGUUAUCCUCGCCAAGGGGCUCUUAUCCACGCAUCUGAAGCCCAAUCCCCUGGGUUUAUCCCCAAUUCGAAGAGCCCGUGCUCCGCCGCGCACCAACGGGGUCAAAAUCGGCGCUUUCCCUUCUCCGAUGGCCGCAUCCCAAAACCCACUCGGGAAUUCGCCCUAUUUCGCGAGAAAGGCGAGGCCUUUGUGGAUUUCCUCCCUCGCGGCGCCCCCACGGGCCGAGGAAUCGCCCUUCCCCUGCGGCGGUGAGGGCUCGUCGCGCGGGGCGGGGAUUAAGCGGCGGAAUCGGGGGAUUCCUCGCGCCGAUGCCGCGGUGUCGGGCGACGGGGCCGGGUUCGUGGAGAGCAAGGAGAAGCCCAAGUUUUUGGGCGUCGAGGUUAUGACCCUUAAGAAGAUUAUACCACUCGGGAUCAUGUUCUUUUGUAUCUUGUUCAAUUAUACUAUUCUUAGGGAUACCAAGGAUGUGUUGGUGGUGACCGCGAAGGGGAGCAGCGCGGAGAUUAUACCCUUCCUUAAGACGUGGGUGAAUUUGCCCAUGGCAAUUGGGUUCAUGCUCUUGUACACCAAACUCUCCAAUGUGCUCUCAAAGGAGGCUCUUUUCUACACUGUUAUAUUCCCCUUUAUCGCCUUCUUCGGGGCCUUCGCUUUCGUUCUUUAUCCGCUGAGAGACGUUAUCCACCCCACCGCGUUGGCCGAUAGGCUCGUCGCCACCCUCGGGCCGAGCUUCCUCGGCCCGGUUGCUAUCCUGAGGAUAUGGAGCUUUUGCUUGUUUUAUGUCAUGGCGGAGCUGUGGGGGAGCGUGGUGAUAUCGGUUCUUUUCUGGGGAUUUGCUAAUCAGAUCACUACUGUCGAGGAGGCGAAAGAAUUCUAUCCUCUCUUUGGUCUUGGGGCGAAUAUUGCCCUCAUCUUCUCGGGUCGUACGGUGAAAUACUUCUCCAACUUGCGCAAGAAUUUGGGCCCGGGCGUCGAUGGUUGGGCAAUAUCUCUGAAAGGAAUGAUGAGCAUCGUGGUGAUUCUGGGCCUUGUGAUUAGUGGUAUCUACUGGGGAGUUAAUAAGUUUGUCCUGAGCGACCCCUCUCUUCCGAAAUCUGAUCGCAAGAAAAAGAAGGAGAAACCCAAACUAGGCAUGAAAGAGAGUUUGAAGGUUUUGCUUUCUUCACGGUAUGUGAGGGAUCUUGCGACCUUGGUGGUUGCUUAUGGCAUAAGUAUCAACCUCGUAGAAGUCACCUGGAAAUCAAAGCUCAAGGCGCAGUUUCCUAGUCCGAACGAAUACUCUUCCUUUAUGGGUGAUUUCUCGACUGCCACCGGAAUCGCGACUUUCACGAUGAUGUUACUGGGCCGGGUUAUACUUAGGAAAUUCGGGUGGGGUGUUGCUGCAAUGAUCACUCCAACAGUUUUGCUGCUCACCGGUGUUGGAUUCUUCUCUCUCCUUUUGUUUGGGGAGCCAUUGACUCCGAUGUUGGCUAGUCUGGGGAUGACUCCACUUCUCGCGGCUGUAUACGUGGGUGCGUUGCAGAAUAUCUUCAGUAAGAGUGCAAAGUACAGUUUAUUUGAUCCCUGCAAGGAGAUGGCUUACAUCCCUCUAGACGAAGAUAUGAAGGUUAAAGGAAAGGCCGCCAUCGAUGUCGUGUGCAACCCCUUGGGAAAAUCCGGCGGAGCCCUGAUCCAGCAAUUCAUGAUUCUUACCUUCGGUUCUCUCGCCAACUCGACUCCCUACCUUGGUGGCAUACUCCUAGUCAUUGUUCUCGCCUGGUUAGGCGCGGCGAGGUCUUUGGACACCCAAUUCUCUGCCCUGGCUAAGGAAGAGCUCGUGAAGGAGAAGAGCAUGAAAGAGAAGGCGAAGGACUCGGUCAUCGAUAUCUCCGUCGAGAAUGGAUCUGUUCACGAGAAGUCGUCGAAUGGGUCGGUGGUGGAACCGAAGUUGGCUCCGGAGUCUGAGAGCAGUUCGUCGGAGAGCUCCGCCGGCGUUCAGUAGAUCUUCGCUCCAUUUUCUGGUCGGAAAUGAGCAGCGGCGAGAGGGUAAUGGUGGAAUAUAUUUUUACUACCAUAAAGAUGAUAAAUGGUGAGGCUUAAGCGAAGCUAUGCAGUUGUUCAUUUGGUUUUAAGUGUAGGCAAUUUUUGACCGUUUAUUGUUGUUUGUUUUUUAAUGUUCUCGUUUACCUUGUUUUAUUUUUGUUGUUUUUCCUUUUUGGCCCAUCUAAACUCUCUUUCACGAAAACAAAAAAAAUGUUUCAUUUUGAGGAUGCAUGUUUUGCUCCUUUUCU